AUGGGUUCUGCUAUUUCUAAGACAAUUAAAAAGACUAAGGUUACUCGAAAUAUUGGUGACUAUCUUAACACAUCUGGCCUUCCACCAGUCCACACUGAAGUUUUCACUUCCCACAUUUCUCCUGUAACUAGAAUUCCAGUUUGUCGAUGUUGGAAGUCAUCAAAAUUCCCUCUCUGUGACAAUUCCCACCAGAAGUUGGAGAAGAUGGGCAUCGACUGCGGUCCAGCAAUGUUAGAAAUUAGGAAACGUUUCUAG